AUGAACGGCGGCAACAAGAUUCUCUGGGCCUUCAUCGGCUUCGAGACUCUCUACUUAGGCUGCGCCAUCCUCCACCUCGUGAUUCCUCUCACUACACACGCCUCGCUGGGACGAGCACCCAACCGCGAUAAUGUUGCAGGUGAUCUACUGCUCGACCACUGCCCUCUCACAGCAUCCCUCGUCAAUUCGAUCCUCAUGUUCGUCGUCUUCCUCAUGUCCCUCCCAGCGAUGUUCAUCAAAACCAACCGCAAAUGGCUCAUUGUCCACGCGUGGGGCAUUGUGAUCACUGCCUUCGUCUCCCUCGGGAUCGGUCUUCGAAUCUGGUUUGACACUCUCGAGACGCACAAGAAUCUUGAACCCAUCUGGAACAGCCAGGAAGAGUUUGUGCAGUCACUCUUGCAGUCCCGCUUCGAAUGCUGCGGCUACAACAACCCCAGCUUGUUUAUCCGCGACCAGACUUGCCCCACGGCCGCCGUCGCCGCCCAACUCGGAUCCUGCACGGUUCCCUUUGGAAGUUUUGCCAACCAGUUCUUGGACGUCGUCUUCACCGGCUUCUUCGGCUUCUGCGCCGUCGACAUGCUCCUUUUGCUUGCUACGAUGUGUUUAAUCAAGGACCGCAAAGAGCGGGAACGCUUCAGGAAGAUUGACAUGAAGCUCGGUGGCAUGCAGGUUCUGUAA